AUGACGUCUGGGGGUAAAAAGCCUACUGUGAUACCAGAUUUUGAUGAAAACCUUGAAGCCAUGUUAGUGAGUCAUAUCCAGGAAAUGGAAAAGUGUCUGUUUGGCCUCACACCCACUGAUGUACAGCACCUUGCAUUUGAUUUUGCAGAAAAAAAGGAUUCCCAAUCGAUUUUACAAAACCACAAAGAUGGGUCUACCAUGAGAAAUAAUCUGAAGGUUAAAUACAGACCAAGACAAGUGUGGAAUAUGGAUGAGACAGGCAUUUCAACAGUGCAAAAGCCUGCUAAUAUCGUGGCAACUAAGGUGGCAAAAUCAGUUGGACGAAUAACCAGCGGCGAACGAGGACAGACCACAUCUGUUCUCUGUGCAGUAAGUGCAGCUGGGGUAUAUAUUCCCACAAUGUUCAUAUUUGCCCGAAAGAGGAUGACACCACUUAUGACUGGCAGUCCACCUGGAUUUAUAGCAAGAUGCACUACUAAUGGGUGGUCAGAUGUUGAUUGCUUCUUAAUUUGGCUGCAUCACUUUGUUUCCAUUGUAAAGCCAACUCAAGAUGAGAAGCACAUCAUAAUUCUAGAUGGCCACCACAGUCACAAAACUCUCGCUGCCAUUGACUUUGCAAGAGGGAAUGGCAUAGCUUUGAUCACUCUUCCCCCUCACUGCACUCACAAAUUGAAGCCUCUAAAUGUAUCAUAUUUCAAGUCAUUAAAAGCUGCUUACAAUAGAGCGGCAGCUAAUUGGAUGCUUGCAAAUGCUGGCAAACGCAUUACACAAUACAAUAUAGCAGAAAUAUUUGCCAGUGCAUACAUGAAAAUGGACACUAUUGAUAAAGCCAUAAAUGGAUUUAAAGCAACUGGAAUCUGGUCAUUCAAUGAUAUAUUUUCUGAUAAAGAUUUCAUAGCAACACAGCUAACGGAAAAGGAAGCAGCUCCUUCCACGAACACUAAUAAGAACACACAUGCCUAUCCCAGUUCCCCUGACAACCCCAGUGAGAGUCAAGUUGCGGCAGAUGUCAACACUGGCAUAGACGAUGUGUCACUUCAUGAUCCCUCUGUCUCUAGCUCGCAAGACCCAAAACCAUGA